AUGUCGCUUUAUUCUUUCUCUGCAGCUGUGUUGUUUUCUCUGACGUCCGCGUGUUGCAAGAAGUCCUGCUGUCACUCUGGCUCCUCCCACCAUAGCUCAUCCUCCAGCUACCCAAUCCCCAUCCCCGUCCCCAUGCAUCACAGCAGCAGUGGCGGUCACAGCGGCAGCAACGGGGCCCAAGACGCUGCUCUACUUCAGGCACUUCUGAACGGCGGGGUCGUUUUGGUGAUGUCGACAAAUGGUCAUCGUCACCGUCACCGUCACCACCGUCACCAUCGUCACCGACACCAUCGUCACAGCAGCAGUAGUAGCAGCAGCAGCGGCGACAGCAGCUACAGCAGCAGCGAGGAGACGAUUAUCCACCACCACCAUCACUCCUCUCCCUCCUCCAGCUCCUACGGGUCGUCUAGUUCCGGGUGUGGAUGUGGAGGCAGUUCCGAGUCCUCUGAAUCCUCCUCCGAGGACUACCCCAUCCCCAUCCCUGUGCCCAUCUCUAGCGGCGGCGGCGGAGGUCACAGCCACAGCAACUACCUCCCUAUCGUCCUCACCACAGCCGGAAAAUAA